AUGACUAUAGAUCAAUCUCUGGGCAUAGAGCUCCCUCGAAAUCCUGGCAAAACUACAAAGCGACUUCAUUUGGCAAUGGAACCUGCGUUGCCGUCAGUAGACAUUUUGCUGCCGUGCUGUGGGGAACCAUUAGAUAUGCUUCUUGAUACUAUACGCGCUAUUUGUGUCAUCGACUACCCCCAGUCCUCAUUUCGGGUUCUCGUUCUGGACGAUGGGAAUUCAAUCCAGUUGCGAGAGUGGGUGGAGAAGCUAUGCAAUACUUGGCCAAAUCUCCUCUACUAUAGUAGAGGAAUUAAGCCGAACCAAAAAGUCUUCGCCAAAGCAGGAAACCUAAACUACGCCCUCUUUGACAUCCAUGGGAAGAUGAAACAGCCACCCGAAUUCAUUGUUGGAUUCGAUUCAGAUUUUUUUCCUGCACCGAACUUCCUGCGCGCCACGCUUCCCCAUUUAUUGAAAGAUGAUACUGUUGGACUCGUGAGUGCACAACAAGACUUUUAUAACCUGCCCCUCGGAGAUCCGCUUGGCCAAGAUCUAGCGUUUUGCCGGGAAAUUAUCUUCCCUGGAAGAAACGAACUGGGGUCAAGUAUAGCAACCGGUUCUGGGUUUGUUAUGCGCCGCGAAUUGGCGGUCCAAGUGGGGGGCUUUCCUACAAUCAACGAAAUCGAGGAUGUUACUCUAUCAGUAAUACUACCAGCACAUGGAAAACGCAUCCUAGCCUUGGAAGAGAUGCUUCAGCUCGGACGCGUGCCGACCUCCUUGGAAGGCCACGUCCGGCAGAGGCGACGGUGGGUGACUGGCUGUACCCAAAUGAUCGCCACUCCUUGGGCGGCAUGUAAGGAGUCUAUUCCGCCUGCCUCGAGGUCCCUUCUGACAUGGAUUGGCCUUGCGUGCCUUUGGGGGCCUCUUAGCCACAGUGUCGGGUGUGCCAUGAUCAUUCCUGCUUUGAUAUCAGGGAAACCUCUAGUGCCAAGCAUGUUCCUAAGACUUCAAAUUGCAAUAUCUCUGGUCACCUUUGGGUUUGUGUGGUUAUACGAAUGGCUCAAAGCGGCAGCAACGGGAUUCCGACUACCAACGUUCGCCCACUUACACGAUUUUUGGAUGUGUGCUGAUCAACUAUGCGCCGUUAUUCGAUUUCAUCUCUUCGGGUCACAGGGCGGAAGGUGUCUAGUGACUGGAAACUCCCAGAACAAUUGGAACAACGCCAACAACAUGUCUACGCGACUUGCACGGCUGAAGUGUGACUUAUGGGAUUGUGGAGUCGGCUUUAGUCUACUUUUCACGCUCGGAACCCUGGCUGGAGUAAUGUAUUCCGCCAUAGCCUCGGUCGAGAGCAACUCCCGCUGGCAGAUUCACGCAAUGACUACCCUUCUCUUCCCUCCUGUUACCCUCAUAUGCUACAUCACACUGUCCUGCCACAUGGCUACACUUCGGUGCGUGGUUUGGCCGCCUCACUAUCCCCCUCGCGAUGUUACGCUAGACACUCAUCCAAGUGAUGUCCGUGCAGUAUUUCCUUGCGAGGAAGUCCGACAAUACAAUGCCCGUCAAAGGCUUGCACCUCUUGGGUAUCGUGGACAUUUAUUGCUUAUCCCGGCUUAUGUCACCGUUAUGGCCAUGAUGUAUUUUCUGUAUCUUUGA